AUGGUGGUGCGAACCUUUAAUCUCAACAUUCAUGAGGCAGAGCUCAAGGAGAGCCCGACUCGCCAGCUUAGCAGAUCCUCGGCCUCCGCCCUACCCAGCCCGCCACCGCGUUUGCAGACCGACCCGCAGGAGCCUUCCCCACACCUUGGCGGGCGGGGCGGCUGGGAAACGCAGGCCGAGACUCCCGCAGCAGAGCCCAUGGCCACGCGCGCCGCCACCCCCCGCGCGGGUCCCAGCCGGCGGACACCCGCCCGCCCAACCGCCGCCCGGCGCGCAGGCAGCCCAACCGCCGUCCCGGCCCAACCAACGCGGGAGGGGAGGAGAGGAGCGCACGGCCGGCGGGGCAUGCGAGCCGCUCGGGGGGCGCGGGGCAGGCUGCGAGCCGGGGAGACGAGGCGGGCGGCGCCGAAGCCCGCGCUGGACGCGGGACCCAGGCGGCUUCCCGGAGGGGCCUCGCCCCUUUUCGCAAAGAAGAGACCUGGAACGCUGGGCCGAACUGACAAUCCCAGAUUUAAGAGUCAUGACGAAAAUCCUGGGACGCUAAUUCAGUCGGCAGAGAAGGCAAAAGGAGAUUCACACAAUGGCCCAAUGACUGAAGGCCUCUUUAUUUCGUGCUCUGCUGUUCAUGUAAAACCCAAUAGAAGAGCGGGUCUCUGGCGGUGCUCGCCUUCGUUUGUACUCUAGGCCAAUCAGAAAGCUCCACUCUUUGCAUUCAGGGUCAAGCCCCGUCUGAGAACCCUGGCGGGCAAGUGGAGGGACACUGUCCAGCGUGCCUGAGUGUCUACCGUGGAAAAUCCAAUGCACACUCGGGUUCCCAGCCCACCUGUCCCCUCACACACACACUCGGAUCCUAGGAAGCUCUGGAGGUGUGGG